GCCUGUGGCCUCUGCUGUCUCUCUCCUGCCCCUGCUGGAUGGAUCUAGGAUGGGCCCUUGGUGUCACUGCCUUCUCUACUUCCUGUUCAAGAGUCUCUCUGGGGCUUUCUCCACCUCUCCAGAUCAAUCAAGGAACUCUUGGGUCACAGCCCCAGAUGAGGUGGUGCAUACCUCAGACAGGCUGUGCAAGUUCCCAGAGCAGCACCUGAGCUGGUGGGAGGCCCAAGAGUUCUGCGAGCAGCAGUUUGGUCACCUGGCGCUGGGACCCCCAGAAAGUGCCCUUGCUCCACGCCUGCGUGACUCGGUCUGGAUAGGACAAAGAGAGGCCUCUCUACGAAGACCUCCGCAGAGGCGAGUGCGCACCACGGCCGCGCUGGUGUUCAGCGAGAGGAGCGCGGAGCGGGCGGCGCGGCUGCGCACGGCCCUGCCCGCGCUGGCGGAGCUCACGGCCUGCGUGCACGUGCAGUGGGACGCGCGCGCCCCCGAGGCGGCCACGCUCUUCUCGGUCGCGGCGCCCUCGCUGGCCAAUGCGCUGCAGCUGCGGGCCUACGCCGAGCCCGGCGGCGCCGUCCGCGCGGCCCUGGUGGUGCGCGGCCACCACGCGCCCUUCCUCGCCGCCUCGCGCGCAGACGGCAGCUGGCACCACGUGUGCGCCACGUGGGAGCAGCGCGCGGGGCGCUGGGCGCUGUUCGCCGACGGGCGGCGGCGCGCCGGGGCGCGGGGACUGGCCGCGGGUCACCCGGUGCCAGCCGGCGGUGUCCUGGUGCUGGGUCAGGAUCAGGAUUCUCCCGGUGGUGGCUUCUCGGCCCGUGACGCCUUCAGCGGCAAUCUCACCGAUUUCUACUUGUGGGACCGGGCGUUGAACACCGCGCAGUUGCACCGAGCGCGGGCCUGUGCGCCACCUCCAGAAGGUCUGCUCUUCCGUUGGGACCAGGCUGCACUGGACCUCACGCCCUCGCUGCAACCAGCGGUGCGUGUGCGCCUGCUCUGUCCAGUGCCCGCAGAAGAGUGUCCCACGUGGAACCCAGGACCCGGCACCGAGGGCUCCGAGCUCUGCUUGCAGCCACGGCCCUUCUGCUGCUGCUACCGGACAGAAACCUAUCUACAGCUUCAGGACGUCCAGUCAUGGUCUGGUCAGGAUGUUAUCAACCGAGUCAAUGCUUUGGCCAAUGCCACUGUGCUCCUUCCGAACCCCCUGUCUGAAGCCCCUGGGGUCCUGUCCCUGGAUAAGACUACCAGCUUCCUGGGACUCCUGGAGAGAGUCUUGGCCCAGGAGACAGCUCCCCUGGGGCCUGCUGCUCUGUUGGCUGUUGUGCACUUCCUGAAGAAGGUGACAGCCCUCCGGUCUGAGGAGCCGGAACAACUGGCAGGGCCCUGGGAGCAGCUGGGCCAGGGUGUCGUGUCCGUGGCCAGCCUGGUUCUGGAGGAGCAGUUGGCUGACUCAUGGCUGUCCAUCAGCGGGGUGACUGGCGGACCUAUGGCUCUGGUGGCAAGCGUGCAGCGCCUGGCGCCCCUGCUGAGCACUGUGCUGACCUCCACGCGGCCUCGAAUUCGCAUCCAGUACCACCUUGCCGGGCUGGAGGUACAGCAACUGCGUUUGAGGGAAGCCAGCACUGGGGGGCACACAUUCACGAUGCCCGCCAGGCAUCCAGAGGGGCCGGGCCACAUCCACAUCUCUGCAGGUGAAGUGAGGCGGCUCCUUCGGAAAGGUCUCUCUGAAGUCAUGGUGAUCUAUAGCUGGUUCCCCUCAAGCAUCUUCCAACGUACGCUGGGGGCACAUCACCUACAUCCCCAAGUCUCUAACAGCUCAGAGGACACCAUCAAGACUCAGGGGUUCCUAAGCACCCAGGUGGGGUCAGCUGUCCUCUCGUCUGAGAUGUGGGACUCUGUUGGGGAAGUCAGUGUGGCCGUGACCUUUCAACUGCAGCAUCAGGCCCAGAGUCUUUACUCCCUCCCAACCCCAAGCCCAGAUGCAGGGGGCUCCUGGGCCACUGCUGGCUGCUCAGCUUUCAUGCUGCACCAAGACUCUACAGCCUGUUUCUGUAACCACAGUACGAACUUCGCCAUCCUCCUGCAAGUGUAUGAGGUGCAGAGAGGCCCCGAGGAAGAGUCGCUGCUCACGACUCUCUCAUUUGUGGGCUGUGGCAUAUCCUUCUGCGCACUCGCCACCACCUUCUUGCUCCUCCUGGUUGCCGGGGUCCCCACAUCAGAGAGGACCACAGUCCACAAGAACCUCACCUUCUCCUUGGCCUCUGCUGAGGCCUUCCUCAUGGCCAGUGAGUGGGUGAAGACCAACCAGGUGGCAUGUGUGGCUGUCACAGCCACAGUGCACCUUCUCUUUUUGGUCGCCUUCUCCUGGAUGCUGGUGGAGGGGCUGCUGUUGUGGAGCAAAGUGGUAACCGUGAGCAUGCGUCCAGGCCCCAGGAUGAGACUCUACUAUGCCACGGGCUGGGGCGUACCUGUGGCCAUCGUGGCCAUCACUCUGACUAUACGCGCUGAUGACUAUGUGGCCGCUGGACACUGCUGGCUCAAUGUGCACACAGAUGCCAUCUGGGCCUUUGUGGGGCCUGUGAUUUUUGUGUUGACCGCCAAUACCUGUAUCCUGGUCAGUGUGGUGAUGGUCACCGUGUCCAGUGCCCACCGCCAUUCGCGUAUGCUGAGCCCACAGCCCAGCCUGCAGCAGCAGAUUAGGGUUCAGAUAUGGGCCGCUGUGAAGCCGGUGCUUGUUCUACUGCCUGCCUUGGGCCUGACCUGGUUGGUUGGUCUCCUGGUGCACCAUAGCCCAGCCUGGGCCUACACCGCCGUGGGACUCAAUUCCUUCCAGGGCCCGUAUAUCUUUCUGGUCUAUGCUGCUUACAAUGGGGAGGUGCGGAGCGCACUGAAGAGGAUGGCAGAGAGGAAGGCAGCUGAAGGACCCAUGGCCCUCGGAUGCCUACAGCCUUCUCCUCUAUCGCAGAACCUGGGAGACCGCCCUUCCAGGGCCGGGCUUCCUUGCCCUCUGCAAGAUGGGCCCGAGCGUCCUCUGCAGGUCUGGUGGGGUGCAGAGGCCCAGCCGCCCCCGCGGGCCCAGCCCCCUCCACCCGCCCGCGGGGCGCAGCCUUCUGCGGGAACAAGAGCCUCCGCGGCGCCUCUGUGCUCAAGUGACAGCGCCUUUGUCUCUGCUGAAUGGGCCCCGCCACCCCACCCUAGAGGCCUGGACUUGGGUGCUGGGGAGUGGAAGCUGCCAGCCGUGUGCCGCUUCCAAACUUCCAGGGUGGGGGAGAGGAGACACAAGGGGACGCCCAGGGAGUUGGAAGGAUGGAGAAACUGA